AGCCAGCUGCGGGGUGCAAGCUUAAUGUAACCGAAUGGUACAGCUGUAGUAGGAUUCUGUCGUUAUAUGAACGCUAAAACUAGGCAACGAUCGACAUUACAUUUCAACGUCGCCGGCAGAAAUACUGACGUCUUUGGUGAUCAUGGGAAACGGAGUGAACAAGGUCCUGCCCGGGCUAUACCUUGGAAACUUCAAAGAUGCACGAGAUAGAGAGCAGCUGGCUAGACACAACAUCACCCACAUCCUGUCCAUCCAUGACAGCGCUGCCCCACUGCUGCAGGAAAUGACCUACCUUUGCAUCCCAGCGGCAGACCUCCCCACGCAGAACCUCACGCAGUAUUUUAAGGAGAGUAUUGUCUUCAUGCACGAGUCUCGUCUGAAGGGGGAGAGCUGCCUCGUACACUGUCUGGCAGGUGUGUCCCGCAGUGUCACGCUGGUGGUGGCCUACCUGAUGACGGUGACGGGUCUGGGCUGGCAGGACGCGCUGGCAGCGGUAAGGGCUGCCCGGCCAUGCGCCGGGCCCAACGUCGGCUUCCUGCGCCAGCUGGAGGACUUUGAGAACACCCAGGCUGACCAUUACAGGAUGUGGCUGAAAGAGAAGUACAAGGAGAAUCCCUUUAACGACGAGGACGAGGUCAGAGUGCUGCUGUCGCGAUCCCCCCAGGCCAACGGUAUGGAGUCCACCUACCUGGGAACGAGGUACACCUGACAGCGCCCCCUAGUGUCACCGAUGGGUGCUGCAUGACCUCACAGACACCUCGAUGCAUUUGGAGGGGGGCGACCUUCCACCUGUGACCUAUUCGCAGUUUUGUACAUGGGUUGGAAUAGGACCAUUUUUUAAAAUGGCACUUUUAUGGUAGGAGAUGCCCACUAGCUCAGAAGGGGUCUGCUGUUUGUUUCUGUGUGCUGCUGAGUGUGUGUUAGGUUGUAUUUUCGUUUUGAUUUUAUUUUUCAUGGGAAUACACUACUGUUCAAAUCUCCAAAAUCAAUGCAAAGAUAAGAAAAACCACAUCUGUUAAUGUUGCUUUUCAAACAAUACACAUGAGAUCAUUUUUCUUGUUGCUGGUAAAAUUUUGGAUGUGCUUGAGCAAUUUAUAUUUGC